CUCUCUCUCCUCUUGAGAAAGCAAAGCAAAAGCACACGAAGGGAAGAGCUAAAAAGGAUCAAUCAAAAGGGAGGACACAGACGAUAGAGGAGGAGGAGGAGGAGGAUGGAUCCAGACGCAGUUGCCAAGGCUUUCGUUGAGCACUACUACUCCACCUUCGAUGCUAAUCGUCCCGGUUUGGUUUCUCUCUACCAAGAAGGAUCCAUGUUGACCUUCGAAGGCCAGAAGAUCCAGGGCUCUCAGAACAUCGUCGCUAAGCUCACCAGCCUCCCUUUCCAGCAGUGUAAGCACAACAUCACCACCGUCGAUUGUCAGCCUUCUGGUCCCGCCGGCGGUAUGCUCGUCUUCGUCUCCGGUAAUCUUCAGCUCGCUGGCGAACAACACGCUCUCAAGUUCAGCCAGAUGUUCCAUUUGAUAUCGAAUCAGGGAACCUACUACGUGUUCAAUGAUAUAUUCAGGUUGAACUAUGCCUGAGGAAUGUGGUGCCAAGGGUAUAUUCACCAUUAUUUCAAGCCAAGAAAGAGUCCGGUGGAAGUUUGGGGUGCGAGUUUGUUUUAGAUUUGGAACAUAAAGCUUAUUUCUGGUGAUUUGCUGUCUGUUUUUAUUUUAAUCAAUGGAGCUCUUUGUUACUUUGGUUGAGAUUACUCUAUUUGUCUUCGGGCAUUGAUCCAUGAUUUAGUAAGUGCUUUAAGGACAAAACAAAUGUUUUAUUUGGAAUAUGGUUCCCUUUUGAAAGUUGAAA